CAUCUUCCGCGACAGCAGCCACGUCUCGCAAGUCCAGCAGCGCAUUGCCUCCUCGUAACACUCGAGUAUCGGGGCUAAAAGUACAUAAUUAUAAAAUUUGAUAGUGUAUCGAAGAACUUUUAUAUCAUCAACGCAAAAACGAUAAAGCUACGGGAAUGUUGGCGAAGUACCUGGUUUUUAUUUGCUCCCUCGUGGUCGCCGGAACUUUGGCCGCCGAGGAAGAUGUUCUCGAAUUGACGGACGGUGAUUUCUCAGCCCAAUUGGACAACAAUGAAAAUGUUCUUGUCAUGUUCUACGCUCCUUGGUGUGGCCACUGCAAACAUCUCAAGCCUGAGUAUGCCAAGGCUGCUGAAUUACUCAUAGGCAACGAUCCUAAAAUCACUUUAGCCAAAAUUGAUUGUACCGAAGCGGGCAAAAAAACUUGCGAGCAAUAUUCGGUCAGUGGUUACCCUACUCUUAAGAUCUUUGCCAAUGGAGAAAUGGUCAGUGAAUACAAUGGUCCCAGAGAAGCUGAGGGCAUCGCCAAGUACAUGAGGAGUCAAGUAGGCCCUGCCUCUAAACACUUGAAGGGACCGGACUGUAAGAAAGCCUUUCUCAACACGGAUGAAGUUAGUUACAUUGGUUACUUUGCAGAGGAAAAUAGUCCUCUGGCCAAUGCUUUCCAUGCUGUCGCUAAGAAGUUGAGAGAAAAAGCAAGAUUUGCUCACACCAGCGACAAAACUCUCUUGGAACAAGCAAACUUCAAAAAUCACAUUGUUCUGUAUCGUCCGAAAAAACUCCAGAAUAAAUUUGAGCCUGAUACUCUGACCUAUGAAGGUCCUGACAAGGUUGCCGAUGUCAAUGAUUUUGUAACCAAGAAUUACUUCGGUCUUGCCGGUGUUCGUACAAGGGACAACUCUCAAAGCUUCACAAAUCCAUUGGUCGUAGCAUAUUACAACGUCGAUUACACGAGAAACGCAAAGGGAACGAACUACUGGCGAAACAGAAUAAUGAAAGUGGCAAAGAACUUCCCGAACAUAAUGUUCGCGAUAUCUUCCAAAGACGAUUUUCAGCAUGAGCUCAACGAUUUCGGAAUCGAUUUUGUCAAGGGCGAUAAGCCGAUCAUAUUGGCACGUGACGCGAAGAAUCGAAAAUUCAUAUUGAAAGACGAAUUCUCGAUGGAGAGUUUUGAAAAAUUCUUGAAGGCAUUUGAGGCGGAAGAACUCGAGCCGUUCUUGAAGUCUGAGCCAAUUCCAGAAGAUAACAGCGCUAGUGUGAAGGUCGCGGUUGCAAAGAAUUUCGACGAAGUUGCCAUCAACAACAACAAAGAUACACUCAUCGAAUUCUACGCGCCCUGGUGUGGACAUUGCAAACAAUUGGCACCGAUUUUCGACGAGCUUGGCGAUAAAAUGGCCGACGAAGAUGUCGAAAUUGUGAAGAUGGACGCAACGGCAAACGACGUACCCUCACAGUUCGAGGUUCGUGGUUUCCCUACCUUGUUCUGGCUCCCUAAGGAUUCCAAGGACAGCCCAGUCAAGUACGAGGGUCAACGUCAACUCGACGAUUUCAUCAAAUACAUCGCUAAGCAUGCGACCGAAGAACUCAAGGGUUACGACCGCAAGGGUAAACCCAAGGCUGUCAAGGAAGAGUUGUAAAUACGCAGUAACAACAGCAGCAGCAUUAACACCACCAACGACGACAACAAUAACAACAACAACAACAA